AUGUUCGUGCGACCCAUCCGACGCUUCGUCAUUACCCUCAUACUCGGCAUCUUCGCGGCCAUCCUGGGCAUGUCAUAUCGUCGCUCCAUCGCCAGCGCAAUAAACACAUUCUCCAAUCAAGCAUCUCGAUUCUCAUCUGUCUCAAUGGCGUCACGCAAGCCCGUCAUUGUCGUAGGAUCUGGUCUGGCCGGUCUUGCCGCCGCCGAGGAGGCCCUCAAAGCCGGUGCUUCCGUGCAAAUGCUCGACCGUGCGCCAAAACCCGGCGGCAACAGCAUCAAGGCGUCUUCCGGUAUCAACGGCGCCGGAACACGCUUCCAGAAGGCUGCUGGCGUGGACAAAGACGACCUCUUCUACGACGACACCGUCAAGUCCGGCGGAACGCGCUUCAAGGAGGCCAAGGGCGUCGUCAAUCGCCCCAAGUUGGUUGAGUUGCUGACUCAGAGCUCGGAAGGCGCUGUCAAUUGGCUCGUUGACGACAUCGGCGUCGACUUGAGCGUUGUCGCACCUUUGGGUGGUCACUCCCUUGCAAGAACCCAUCGUGGGGCCGGCAAGACGCCCCCUGGAGCCGCCAUUGUCACGACAUUGUUGAAGCAUCUUGGGGAGAACCCGGAGUUCAAACUCACCAACUCGGCUGAGGUGACUUCAUUGAAUAUUGCAGAUGGCGCGGUGAAGGGUGUUCGGUAUACCCGAGAAGGCGAGCAGCACGACCUCGAGGGCGCUGUUGUCUUUGCCGCCGGAGGUUUCGCGGGUGACGCCAACGGUCUAUUGGCAAAGUACCGCCCGGACCUAGCUGGUCUCCCCUCUACCAACGAGGCUCGCCCUGCUUCGCACGGCAUCUUAGAAGCUGUCGGGGCUGAGUUCGUUGACAUGGACAGCGUGCAGGUUCACCCAACCGGCUUUGUCGACCCCAAAGACCCGGAAGCAAAGUACAAAUUCUUGGCUGCCGAAGUCCUCCGCGGCGAGGGCGGAAUUCUUCUUUCUAACAAGGGUGAGAGGUUCGUCAACGAGAUGGAAACUAGAGAGCACGUCAGCAAGGCCAUUAUGAAGCUGCCGCCUAAGGAGGACGGGGAAACAAGACAGUGGGAUAUCACCUUGCUCAUGGAUCCCGGCGCGAUCGAUGUUGCCGAGGGGCACCUGGGUUUCUACCUCUGGAAGGGCUUGAUGGAGAAGAAGAAGGUGAAGGAUCUGAGUCCGGAGAUCAUUAAGGCCAUCGACGAGUACUCAGCUCUCGUGGCUGCCGGCACAGACUCGGCUUUCGGUCGCCGCACCUUCGGUCGAUGGAGAUUGCAAGCCGGCGAGGGUAACCGCGAGAAGGAAGUUUGCGUCGGCCGCGUCACACCGAUUACCCACUUCACCAUGGGCGGUGCCUCAUUCAACGAAAAUGCGCAGGUGCUCAGAGAAGACAAGACUGCUAUUGAAGGUCUCUGGGCAGCGGGUGAGAUUACCGGCGGAAUCCACGGCGACAACCGCCUCGGAGGAUCAUCCUUGCUGGAAUGUGUGGUUUACGGAAGAAUCGCAGGACAAGAGGCGGCAAAGGCGGCGACAGGCUCAUGA